UGACGGUUUUGACGUCCGGAAUUCAGAAAAAUGUCAAAACAAAAAGUGCUUUUCAUUGGGCUGUUCUAGAAAAAUCUCUGUUCCUGGCCAGAAUGUCCGUGAGACACGAUUGGUAUCAGUCUGACACGAGUGUCGUGGUCACUGUGCUCCUCAAAAAUGCCACAGAAAAGAAUUACAGUGUCAAAAUCGAGGCAGAAACUCUCGAUGUGACUGCAGAUGGAUACUCCCUGCACCUGGAACUCCUCAAUCCCAUCAAUCCUGACCAGUCCAGCCACAAAACCACUCCCAGCAAGAUCGAAAUUGUGCUCAAGAAGGUGACUGGGGAGAGAUGGGACAGUCUACAGAAGACAGAACAACCUGCGAAGCCCGUCCAGCUGCACAAAAGGGAUUGGGAUAGGAUUGCGAAGGAGACUGAGCUCAAAGAAGCCGAGGAGGCAAAGGGCGAAGAAGGUCUCCAGAAUCUUUUUCAGAAGAUCUACGGAGACAGCAGCGAUGAAGUCCGGAAGGCCAUGAAUAAGUCCUUCUCGGAGUCCGGAGGCACAGUUCUCAGCACAAAUUGGGCCGAAGUUGGGGCCAAGAAGGUGGACGUCAAGCCCCCGGACGGAACGGAGUUCAAGAAGUGGGAUGAAUAAGCAAACUUGGCCUUCCUAGACACGCACUAACACCCUGAAUUCAAUUGUAAUCACUUCCUGUUUCAUUGUUUUUCAAUGCUCAUUAAUUCCUUCUCUUUACUCAUUUAUUUGCAUUUCUGUGGAGUUUAUUUGAUUUUAAUUUGGAAAUAAAAGAAUUCGGACGGAGAAA